AGAUAACGUGAAUCGCUUCUGUCCGUCCGUCCGUAGGAGAUGACGAUGCGUUUCGAUACUUCCCUUCUCAGCUCCCUCCAUCCCUCAGUCUCUCCCUCCCGCCAUUUCAAAUCUCCCGCCAACAGCACAAAAUCCCCUCCUACGCAAUUCAAAUCCCGCGGGAAAAUAACGGUCCGCUCUUCUUCAUCAGCUACUACACCCAGCCAAAAUCCAGAUAAUAAUAGCUUGGCCACUUUUUAUGGGAGGAGAGGACUUAUCUCUACGGCAGCGCUGCUUCCAUUUCUUCUCGAAAUGUCGGAGGGAUUUGGUGUGAAUUUACAAGGGGUAGAUGCCAGUGAAUCUUCAACCAUUCAAAGCGAGAUUAGGAAGGUAUUGUCCAAGGCCAAGGCUCCUGGCGUGCUUCGCCUGGUUUUUCAUGAUGCAGGAACAUUUGAUAUGGAUGAGAAUUUAGGUGGUAUGAAUGGUUCCAUAGUUUAUGAACUUGACAGACCUGAAAAUGCGGGCCUUAGUAAAUCUGUGAAGAUUCUAGAGAAAGCGAAGGGUGAAGUGGAUAAAAUCCAACCAGUAUCCUGGGCCGACAUGAUUGCGGUGGCUGGAGCUGAAGCAGUUUCGGUUUGUGGGGGGCCCAUCAUUCCCAUUCAGUUAGGAAGGCUAGAUUCAAUGGUGCCAGAUCCAAAAGACAAACUUCCCCUGGAAUCUCUAGAUGCUUCUGGUCUAAAGAAAAGCUUUCUAAAAAAAGGCUUCCGCACCCAAGAACUUGUUGCGUUAUCUGGUGCGCAUACUCUUGGAGGUAAAGGUUUUGGAAAUCCCACUGUUUUUGACAGCUCGUAUUUCAAAGUACUUCUGGAGAAACCAUGGACGUCAUCAGGUGCAGCUGGCAUGUCGAACAUGAUUGGGCUUCCAUCAGAUCAUGCACUUGUGGAGGACGAUGAAUGCUUAAGGUGGAUUAGAAUAUACGCAGAUGAUCAGGCAAAGUUCUUCAAGGAUUUCAAGAGUGCCUACAUAAAACUUGUAAAUACCGGCGCCGUAUGGAGAAAAAUAUGACUAGAAAUCCAUUAUAGAUGCUGUGGUAUGUAAUCCUUCUUAUCCACGACCAUACAAAUAUCAUUAUUGCUGUGGUCAUUGCCAAUCAUCAUCUUUGUAAUCGGCCAUUGUUAUGGGAUUUUGCAGAAAGCUGCAUUCAUGUUCAAACUUCUUUGUGAUAUACAAUCUCAAACAGCUUGUGGUUAUCCCAGUUCAUAAGGAGUUUCAACACCUGGUCAAGGUUUUGAAUGCCCAUAGGUGGUGAAAUCCCACUACGGUGUGUGGGGGUGUGUU